UUCUAAGCGGUGCUUUUGCAAUUGAGUUUUUCUUAUUAGUUGUAUUAUUUAUAGAAAAAUUUAAUAUAAAUUCUUUGGAAAUGUAUCUAAUUUCAACGGGGAAGACAACUGUACUCUCUGACUUCAGUAAUUUAGAAACAAAAUCAAUUUACCAGCACGCAAAUGGCGAAACCACCGAUUUUCAAUUCUAUGCACGGCAACGCAUCUUCCUGGAAGUGAACAAAAAGUCUGGCUUGGAAAUAAUGCGGAUCAAAGAUAAAGGAGAUCACAAUUUAGAAAUUCAGCGUGUGCGCAAAUUGAAUAUUGGAAAUGUUUACUGUGUCGCCUGCGCAAAGCAGUCGCUCGAGGAAAUGGCAUUCGGUGGUGUAAAUGGCCAAGUUAGUCUAUACAAUUAUAAAAACACUGAACUCUUGCAUCGUUUUAAACCGGAAAAUAAUCGUAAUAGUGUGCUGUAUUUGGACUACAAUGGAACAGAUGAGUAUAUAGCUUCGGUAUUCGAAAGUGGUCAAAUCAACGUUUAUGGCACUAAAACGAAAACAAAAGUAGAUAGCGUAAAUAUUGAUGGAAACUCCACUCUGGCACGUUUUCAUCCAAGCAAGCGUUUCCAGCUAUCAGUAGCAUCUUUCAAGGGUGCCGUUACCGUCUACGAUCUGCAAACCAAACGGAAGAUAUUCAAUCUGAGCGAUGCUCAUGCCUCACCUUGUCGCGAUCUAUGCAUGUCUCCUGCAACGCCUGAUACACUAAUAAGCGUGGGGUAUGAUUGUAUUGUUAAUGUCUUCGACACACGUCGUAGAACGCCGCAAAUCAAACUAAAUCAUCCGCAUCCAUUGUCUACCGUUGCAAUGAGUAGUUGUGGUACAUACAUUUGCGUGGGAAAUUUGAAAGGCGAGUUGAUUUCUUAUGAUAUACGUAGUGUGAAAAAAUGUUUAGCCACCAAAAAAGUGCACGAUUGCUCUAUUACACGUUUAUCAUUUGUGCCACUACCUGAGGAAGAUAAUAAUACAACACCAAGUUUUACCAGCACCACCGCCAAUAGUACAGAUAAUACAUCCGAAAUUCUUGAAGAUCAGCAGAAGUCAAUGGCGAACAUGCGCCAACGCGAUUCUUUUUGUGAUUUUCUAGAUUUUCAAGCAAACAAAUUGGACCGGAAAUCUGCACGUUUUACAAUGGGGCGUGACAGCUUCGAUUGGGAUACACUUGGACGUAAGCCAAACUCGGAAGAUAAUCGCACAAAUGUAUCGAAACUAAACGGCAGCAAUGAAAGUGUCAACAACUCGAGUAGUAACACCACUGAUGGGAAAUUGAAUUUAAGUUUUGAUUAUGUAAACACACGGCGUGCUAAGGUAGUCGAAGAAGGAAAACGGCAAUUUUCUACGCUGCCGACGGCACCACUCCGUGAUCGUAAUAGCAUAUCGAAAGUUGUAACCAAUUUAAAACAAAUCGAUGAGGAAGAAUCAGCAAAUUCCGCACACUCAACGCAACAAAUAGAGUUGGAUUGUGAUAGUGAUAAAGAAAAUCCCAGUAAUAUAGAUGUAGAAUUCGAUUCAGCUGCGCAACCGCAUACACCAGUAAAUGCAUGCAAUAGCACACCCAAUCGCACGCCGGCAAGCACACAAAAUUUUACAGAAAGCAAGAAAUUGUCGGAAAAUUUUAAUUCGCAAGUUGCAAAUACACCUGUGCCGCCACAAGCAGGGAUUCUACAGGAAAUCGCCGAUUUGCGUAUGGAAAUGAACUCACGUUUUAAGCAAUUAGAAUCGGAAUUAAAAUUUAACGCCGAGCAAAACAAAUGGCAAAUUUUUACGCAAACAGCUGAUAUAUGGGCGCGCCAAAUGAAUACCACCGAAGAUAUACGUGAUGCGCUGAGCUAUCUUUUGCAAACCGAUCCUUUUGUAAAUGAGUUUUUACGCCUGAAAGACGAGAAUGAGUUAUUAAAGGCACAACUACAGCAAUUAAUGGCACAAAAAUAGGUAAAACCUACUCAUGUAUGUAUUUUAUUAGAUAUCUAUUGUAGCACUGUUUUGUUUUCCCAUUGAUAUAUUAAAAAAGUUUUAGUAAUUAAUCUUUAUUAUUUGUAGUUGAUUGUGAAAUUGUACUGAAUAGAAAUGUAUUAAAUUAAAAUUUAUUUCAUUUAUUUAAUGCAUAAUUGUGACAAAAGACUUUAUGCUGCCAAACAAAAAUUAUACUUUUAUGUACUGAUAGGAAUAAAAGGACUAAAUAAGUGUGCUUUAUUAUGGCAGAUAUUAUACAUAUUUGCCAGGGAAUAAAAAAAAAUAU